AUGUCCAAGUCCAAUCUUGCCGCCUAUCUCGCCAAGAACUACCUGACUGCUUCGACCUCCACUUCGAAUCCCGACUCGGAUUUUGCAGACUCGACACGCCCGAAGAAAAGGCGGAAGAAGACGAAGCUUGGUGACGGGCUGAUCAUUGCCGACGACGACGAAGAUUUGUCCCUGCGCAGAGGAGUUGGGGGCGAUGGCGACGAUGCCAACGAGGUGCCUGUGUUCGAAACAGGCGUGAGGUCUGCCGAGUUUAGAAAAAAGAAGAGCGGGAGUGGAUGGAAAGUAGUAUCUGAGCCGACGAAUGCAACAGCGAACACAACGAGUGCGGCAGCUGCAGCGGACGACAAAGCUACCAACAACAGACGUAGGGGACACGGUGACGGCAGUGAUGAAGCGGCAGAAGCAGACCGGAUUCUGGCCGAAGCAGAACAAGAAGCGCGCGUACGCCGGCGCGAGCUCGGCGACGAAGACGCCCCUGCGAUUGUCGACAGCGCCGAUGCCGGCGGAGACGACGACAAUGUAACCACUCCGGCGCUCAUGGCGUCCGGUGUGCGUGCAGGACUGCAAACCGCCGCAGACACGGCUGCGCUGAUGGCGCGAGAGAAGGAGCGGGAAGAGCAAGAACAACAGGAAUUGGCGCGGCGCAGGAAAUCCAAGUCUUCCAAAAAAGCGCCCGCCGAAGAUGAGCAGGAGCAGGAGACAAUCUACCGCGACGCCACGGGCCGACGGAUCGACAUCAGCAUGAAGCGCGCAGAGGCGCGGGCCGCGGAGCAAGAGAAACUACGAGCCGAGCGGAAAGCGCGCGAAGACGCCAUGGGCGACGUGCAGCGGCGCGAGAAGGAAUUGCGCAAACAGCAACUGGAGGAGGCCAAGUUCAUGCCGCUGGCCCGCGGGGCCGACGACGAUGAAAUGAACGAUAUGCUUCGCAAGCAGCGUCGGUGGGAUGACCCGAUGGCGGCGUAUCUCGCCCAAAGGCAGGCUGAAGGGGACUCGGACAAAGAGGUAGAGUCCCAGGUCACUGGGAAAGAUGUCGGGUCUGCGAAGACAGUGGCGCGCAGUGGCGGCGGCAGCGGCGGCGGAACCAAGAAAAAGGUCUAUGCAGGCCACGCCCCGCCUAACAGAUACGGCAUACUACCAGGAUGGCGCUGGGACGGGGUCGAUCGAAGCACCGGCUUCGAGAAGGAGUGGUUCCAGGCUCGCUCGCGCAAUGCAAGGACCGAAGAGUUGAAGUAUCAGUGGCAGAUGGACGAGUGA